UCCCCCUCCCUCAUACACAGACACGCGCUCCCUGGUACACAUACGCCAGAGCUGAUACUGCAGCAAAAAAAAAAAGGAAGCCGGCAGGAUUUCUCCCUGCCAGUAGCAGAACAGAGAGACUCCACUGACCGUGGGAAAGAGGGACUCUCUUCAUGGAGACUCAAUGAAGCAAUAUCUGACCUGAGGCAGCGGACUGUGUGUGUGUGUGUGUGUGCGUGUGCGUGCGUGCGCGUGUGUGUGUGUGUGUGUGUACGCGUGCGUGUGCGUGAGAUCCCAGGAGGGGCAGCACUGCAGAUACUGACUGAUACUGGGAUCGGUUGUGCACCUCAUCCUUACCUCUCCGCUAUCUUGGAGGAAAAUCCAUCGUGUUCAACCUCUGUGUGUGUGUGAGUGUGUGUGUGUGUGUGUGUUUGACAGCGAGAGUGUCAGUGAACUGGCGUGUUGGUGUGAGAGCAGAGCUUGUGUGUCAUUCACUGCUCUGCCUGCGUGUCCGUGUCGUCGGCCCUCUCCCAGAAUGCCUUGCUCUGCGCCCCUGUGCUGAGGAGGCGUCGGGCAGUAUGGGCGCUGCGCUGGUCAGGACUCCCUCUACGGAUCUAAGCUGCCCCCCCGGGACGGGCGCACACCGCAGCCCUGCUGAUGGGCGAAGACACUGACACCACCCGAGCACUCAACCACGGCUUCCUCCGAGACCACAACUAUGUGACUGAAGGGCUGCUCGUGGCUUUAGCCUGAAGAGCACCGCCCGCCUGGCCCCGCCUCCUCCCCUCUCCCGGACUCCUCCCCCAGGAUGUUGAACCCCAUCCAGGUCCUGUGCUCCGACAUCACUUCCCUCUCUCUGGAGCCUGAGCCGUUUGCCUCUUACACUGAAGCGGACAUUAUCUCCACUGUAGAGUUCAACCACACUGGAGAACUCCUGGCAACCGGAGAUAAGGGAGGGCGAGUGGUCAUCUUUCAGAGGGAACCUGAGUGUAAGACAGAGCCAUUCUCCCAGGGAGAGUACAAUGUCUACAGCACGUUCCAGAGCCAUGAGCCAGAGUUUGACUACCUUAAGAGCCUGGAGAUCGAGGAGAAGAUCAACAAAAUACGAUGGCUGCCUCAGCAGAACGCCGCCCACUUCCUUCUUUCCACCAAUGAUAAGACCAUUAAGCUGUGGAAGGUGAGUGAGCGAGACAAGAGGCCUGAAGGCUACAACCUGAAGGAUGAGGAGGGCAGGAUGAAGGACCUCUCCACUGUCACGUCUCUACAGGUACCAGUGUUGAAGCCCAUGGACCUGAUGGUGGAGGUCAGUCCUCGACGUGUGUUUGCCAACGCCCACACCUACCAUGUCAACUCCAUCUCCGUGAACUCCGACCACGAGACCUACAUGUCAGCUGAUGACCUAAGAAUCAACCUCUGGCACCUAGGAAUCACUGACCGCAGCUUCAACAUUGUGGACAUAAAGCCUGUGAACAUGGAGGACCUGACGGAGGUGAUCACCGCAGCGGAGUUCCACCCGCACCACUGUAACCUGUUUGUGUACAGCAGCAGCAAGGGCACACUACGGCUCUGCGACAUGAGGGAGUCGGCGCUGUGUGACAAACACUCCAAAUUGUUCGAGGAGCCGGAAGACCCCAGUAACCGCUCCUUCUUCUCUGAGAUCAUCUCGUCUGUGUCAGACGUCAAGUUCAGCCACAGUGGACGCUACCUGCUGACCAGAGACUACCUCACCGCCAAGGUGUGGGACCUGAACAUGGAGAAUAAACCCCUGGAGAUAUACCAGGUGCAUGAUUACCUCCGCAGCAAGCUGUGCUCUCUCUACGAGAACGACUGCAUCUUCGACAAGUUUGAGUGUGCUUGGAACGGCUCAGACAGUGUCAUCAUGACGGGGGCGUACAACAACUUCUUCCGAAUGUUUGACCGGAACACCAAGCGUGACGUGACCCUGGAGGCCUCCAGAGAGAGCAGCAAGCCCCGUGCCGUGCUAAAGCCUCGCCGGGUCUGCCAGGGCGGGAAGCGCCGCAAGGAUGACAUAAGUGUGGACAGCCUGGACUUCACCAAGAAGAUUUUACACACAGCCUGGCACCCCACGGAGAACAUCAUCGCCAUCGCAGCCACCAAUAAUCUGUACAUCUUCCAGGACAAACUCAACCAGGAGAUGCACGGCUGAGAGAGAAACACAGGAACACGGACAUUCAUUACUCACACAUGCAGAUGCGCAUGAUUUACACGGAAAAGAAAUGUAACGCCCAGUAUAUGUUCUAUAUCUCACACACACUCACGCAGCACACACACCCACCCACACACACUGUUCCUCUCCAGAUGACAGGGUAAUGCUGUAAAGACACUCCAGAGUGCUCACAUGCUGCCCCUCAGCCUUCCACCUAAUGAAGUCUCUCCCCCUGAAAUACCCCAUGGACCCACCUUGCCCCAGGGCCAUACAGGGUAGAGAUGGGCUACCCAAAGAGAAUAAUGUUGGAUUAUGGGUAAUGGAACUCAAAAUCACGUGUUGACUGUCGACCUCUGAAUUGUGGAUGAUACAAUCUUGUUUGUUUUGCUAUUGCUCAUUUUUGCAUUGUAAAGGACAGACCUUUUUUACAUGUGUCUAUCUUUUUAUCUGCCCCGCUCCUCCUCUUCCUCAUCAUCCCCCUUCUCCUCUUCUCUCGCUCUGUUUCUGUUUUGUACAUGUUUUUGCUCAGUCCAUUUCUCCUUCCUGAAGUCCGACAGACUGACUCCUGACGUUGUGGUUCCUGGUGGUGGCAGUGGUGGAAGCAAAACGUUUGCUUAGUGUUCACUAGAUGUUUCAAGUCUAAUUAUUGUUUUGUUUAUUCAAUCACCAAUUCCCAAAUUAUAGUGAAUUCCUUCGACGGUGCUGAUGAGGACAGUUAAUGGUAUAAAGAGUGAUUAGGUCGCAGCCGGACCUGGGUUCCACAAGGCUGUCCGUCCCAGUUCAGUGACAUUUACUCCUGGCAUUCUGUUGACUGUGGAUACCGCCAUGGACCUAGAUGGUUUUGUGUGCUACUUCGCAACAAAACACAACGAAUAAGGCAAAAAUAAUGUCCAAACAAUCAAGCAAAACAAUAUGCUGCAUGAUGAACAGAAAUGAUGUGUUUAUAUACAUUUACUGGCUGCCUUUCUAACCAUAAACUGGCUGUAAAAAGGCUUCUGGAGCUCUGCUUCUACACAGCACUAGUAAUCACUUAGAAAACUACAACCAAGCUCUCCUUUUGUUUGUGUGUACAGAACACAAAAGCAUGUUUACCAGUGUUCAGUUUUACAAUGUGCAUUUACAAAUAAGCCGAAAUACAUCCGGUUUUAAAUGAACAAACUGAACCAGAGGAAUGGGGAAUGUUUUAUCAAUGUUGUAAUCAAAACCAUUAAAGGGCCAGAAUGGUG